AAGGUUCUGUUCUAGUCUCUGUUUUCCAAUUCAAUCCAUCGACUUCUAGGUCAGAUACAAUCGUUUGGAUGCUAAGAAAUAAUGAGAAAAUGAUAGAAAAUUUUGAAUCAGAAAAAUUUCAUGGCUUGAGAAUACAGAAAAUUGCAUUUUAUCUAACACUCAUAUGACUCUUUGAUUUAGUUGAUCGGAGUGUUUUAAUUUUUAAAUUUUUUUUUUUUGCUUUAGAUUUUUGGCAGCAAGGAAGGGAAAGUAACAUCUGCCAUGGCAACUCGGAUUGCUGCAAGAUAUGUGUCUCGAAGGCUCUCGAGCAGCGGCAAAGUACUUGGCGAGGAGGAAAAGGCUGCUGAAAAUAUCUACAUUAAGAAAGCUGAGCAAGAGAAAUUAGAGAAGCUUGCACGAAAGGGCCCUAAGCCAGAAGAGAAACCAGUGACCAGCUCAGGUGAGACAGUGACCGAUGCUAAUCCUAGUGGCCCAGCCUCCUCAACUGCUGGAGUAUCCACUGACAAACAUCGGAACUAUGCAGUUUUAGCUGGUACCGCAGCUAUUCUGGGUGGUCUGGGAUGGUACCUUAAAUCAAGUUCAAAGAAGCCAGAAGUUCAGGACUGAGGAUGAUCAGCUUUUGCUUAUGAAAGUAAUUAGAUGAUGAAAAUAAAUCAAACCCCAGUAUGAAGCAAAUACUGUUUCCAUUUUGUUGCAGUUCUUUGAUAAAAUCCUCAGAGAUGACCAUCUAUCAACUGGUCCCAGAUUUUAUUGUAUGGUUUUGAGCUGGGCAAUGGUUCUUUUAAUGGCUUUUUUGCCCCUCAA